AUGUCUCCGAGAACGAGUCUAUGGGGCGCAUGCAGAACUCUCGCAAUCCGGUCGAGACCUGUCGCCCCCCGACCAGCCCCAUUCGUCAACGCUCUCCCACGGAAUCGAUGGUACUCGAACGACGGAAACGAUCAGCUCCCAAAGGCAAUUGACAACGCUCAAAAGGCCCAUGACUCCCAGGUUGGCUCGGUUUCGCAAGAGGGUGACGCCCCCGUAGCGUCGACAGGAAAUGGGGAUGCUGAGGUGACGUCUUCGCCAGCCUCUUCCGACGAGAUUAUCGACGAUGCGACACUCGAGCAACUAUUCUACGGUGGCCGCACACAGUCGAGCACAAUCGAGGGUGGCCUGACACCAGCGCAGGAGGAUAUUCUUUACCGCGAGGGCACAAUUCCUUCGGCUGAGAAGGCUGAAGCUCUCGUCGCCCAAGCGGAGCAGGCCGAGUUGGAUUCGCCUGAUAGCACUGAGAUGCAAAACCCUGGACACAAGUUCGGUCUGCCAAAGCGACCUUGGCCGGAAGGCUUCAACCUGAAAAAGCGUUACCAUCCUGUGCUGGAGCAAAUCACUCGACUCCUCAUGAAGGAUGGUAAGCUCAGUGUUGCUCAAAGAAAUAUGGCCAUUGUCAUGAACUACCUCCGAACCGCACCACCUCCGAUCUACAGCCCGCUGUACCCCCUCCUGCCGGGCACUCCCCCGGCCACACAUCUCCCUCUCAACCCGAUUCUAUAUAUUACCGUCGCCGUCGACUCGGUGGCUCCUCUCCUCAAGAUCCGCAAUGUGGCGGGUGCCGGCGGUGGUGGUCGAGCACUAGAACUUCCCGUCCCUUUGGGCGUGAGGCAGCGACGACGAAUUGCCUUCCAAUGGAUUCUGGACGUUAUCAACAAGAAGCCCUCCAAGGGCAGUGGGCGCAAGCAAUUCCCCUACCGAAUCGCAGAGGAAAUUGUUGCCGUUGUGGAGGGACGUUCGGGUGUGUGGGAGAGGCGCAAGAUGGUUCACAAGCUGGGUACGGCAUCCCGAGCAAACAUUGGGUCCAACAAACUCAAGGUCAAGAAGAAGAUGUAG